UGGGGCCCGGCGGCCGCAGAGUCGAGCGUGGGGCGGACGCCGCGGACGUGGGUGAGGGCGCGGCCGUAGGAGAGCGGAGUGCGGGGUGCCCGGCGCGUGGUGGGGGUCCCCGGCGCCUCCCCCCACGGCACCCCAGAAGGCCUGGCCGGGGUACCCUCCGCGGAGCCCGGGGGUGGGGGGCGCGUGCCCGGCGCCGCGAUGGGCCCGGGACCCCCAGCGGCCGGAGCGGCGCCGUCCCCGCGGCCGCUGUCCCUGGUGGCGCGGCUGAGCUACGCCGUGGGCCAUUUCCUCAACGACCUGUGCGCGUCCAUGUGGUUCACCUACCUGCUGCUCUACCUGCACUCGGUGCGCGCCUACAGCUCCCGCGGCGCGGGGCUGCUGCUGCUGCUGGGCCAGGUGGCCGACGGGCUGUGCACACCCCUCGUGGGCUACGAGGCCGACCGCGCCGCCAGCUGCUGCGCCCGCUACGGCCCGCGCAAGGCCUGGCACUUGGUCGGCACUGUCUGCGUCGUGCUGUCCUUCCCCUUCAUCUUCAGCCCCUGCCUGGGCUGCGGGGCGGCUACACCCGAGUGGGCUGCCCUCCUCUACUACGGCCCGUUCAUCGUGAUCUUCCAGUUUGGCUGGGCCUCCACACAGAUCUCCCACCUCAGCCUCAUCCCGGAGCUCGUCACCAACGACCAUGAGAAGGUGGAGCUCACGGCACUAAGGUAUGCGUUCACCGUGGUGGCCAACAUCACCGUCUACGGCGCUGCCUGGCUCCUGCUGCACCUGCAGGGCUCGUCACGGGUGGAGCCCGCCCAGGACAUCAGCAUCAGCGACCAGCUAGGGGGCCAGGACGUGCCCGUGUUCCGGAACCUGUCCCUGCUGGUGGUGGGUGUCGGCGCUGUGUUCUCACUGCUGUUCCACCUGGGCACCCGGGAGAGGCGCCGGCCGCACGUGGAGGAGCCAGGCGAGCACACCCCCCUGUUGGCCCCUGCCACCGCCCAGCCCCUGCUGCUCUGGAAGCACUGGCUCCGGGAGCCAGCUUUCUACCAGGUGGGCAUGCUGUACAUGACCACCAGGCUCAUCGUGAACCUGUCCCAGACCUACAUGGCCAUGUACCUCACCUACUCCCUCCACCUGCCCAAGAAGUUCAUCGCGACCAUCCCCCUGGUGAUGUACCUCAGCGGCUUCUUCUCCUCCUUCCUCAUGAAGCCUGUCAACAAGUGCAUUGGGAGGAACAUGACCUACUUCUCUGGCCUCCUGGUGAUCCUGGCCUUUGCCGCCUGGGUGGCGCUGGCGGAGGGACUGGGUGUGGCCGUGUACGCAGCGGCUGUGCUGCUGGGUGCUGGCUGUGCCACCAUCCUCGUCACCUCGCUGUCCAUGACGGCUGACCUCAUUGGUCCCCACACGAACAGCGGAGCGUUCGUGUACGGCUCCAUGAGCUUCUCGGAUAAGGUGGCCAACGGGCUGGCAGUCAUGGCCAUCCAGAGCCUGCACCCUUGCCCCUCGGAGCUCUGCUGCAGGGCCUGCGUGAGCUUUUACCACUGGGCCAUGGUGGCCGUGACGGGCGGUGUGGGCGUGGCCGCUGCCCUGUGUCUCUGCAGCCUCCUGCUGUGGCCGAUCCGCCUGCGACGCUGGGACCGUGACCCCCGGCCUUGACUCCUGACGGCCUCCUGCACCUGUGCAAGGGAACUGCAGGGACGCACAAGGAUGCCCCCCAGGGCCUUGGGGAGAAGCCCCCACUGCCCCUCACUCUUCUCUGGACCCCCACCCUCCAUCCUCACCCAGCUCCCAGGGAUGGGGUCGGUUGAGGGCAGCAGGGAUGCCCGCCAGGGCCUUCUGAAUCCAGGGGCUUGCAAGGACCCCGUGGGUUUUGAGGGUGCCCCAUUCUAAUCCAUCCCAGCCCUCUGGAGGAUUUGGGUGCCCCUCGGCAGGGAGCAGGAAGUAGGAAUCCCAGAAGGAUCUGGGGGAACCCUAACCCUGAACUGAGUCCAGUUCACCCCUCAUCUCUGGCCUGCAGGAGACUCAGCCACGGGGUGGUGGGCUGGGCCUGGACCCCGCCGUGGUGGGCAGCAGGGCUGCCCAGCAGGCUUGGUGGACUCUGCUGGCAGCGAAUAAAGAGAUGACAGUG